AUGGAGGACUACCGCCGCCUCUCAGACCAGGAGCUCAUCCACAUGCUCAAGCUCUACGACAUCCCCCACGGGCCCAUCUUGGCCUCCACCCGAAAACUGUACGAAAAGAAAAUCUACGAAUAUGAAAGCCAGAGAACCAAGCUUUCAGCCGGGCCUGUGAGCUCUUCAUACCAGUAUUCAGAUGAGGGCGAAGUUUAUGGUUCACGACAGGAGGAAGAUGAAGACAUGGAUGAAGUUGGCUAUGACAAUUAUAAGGAGCAAAGUUACUCAACUGCCAAGACUUAUGGGGAGGCCCAUACCACAGCCACCCCAGUAGCGGAGGCCAGGACGAGCUUCGAGGAGCCUCAGCCCUCCACAAGCUACGGCAGUGACAGUGCCAGGGCACCUACCUACCACCUGUGCCAGCGGAGAAGAGCGAAUAGUCUCUACCCCAUGUCCCAGGAGGAGAACAUGGACAGUGACUCGGGCUCUUUCGACCAGGGCAGCAGUGCCUACCAGAGCGUCCUUCACUACGGAUCCAUCACCAGCUCAAGUCCUGAUUCAGUCUUCUCUUCCAGACCAGUGCUUUCUUCUUCCUUUUCCUCCUCCACCCCAGCUUCCUCAACCUCCUCAAACUUCCGUGGGUAUUCCCUCCCUCUGGAGGUGGAAGCCCGCCAGGCUGUUAGACCUGACCAAGGCCCUAGGGCUAGGCUGGGAAGGAAUGGUAGUAUGGUGCCCCUUUGGAUCCAGUUCCUUCUCUUCAUUGGAUCUGUUCUUUCCCUAGCCUUUUUCUACUAUUUCAUGCAGGCGGAUGACGACAACCCCUUCCGUCUCCGGAAUUGA